AUAUAUACAACAUUCGCCCGCCAUAUUACUAUCAUUCUCUCUCCAUUCGUGACAGUGACAGUAGCGUAAAUAAUUUCUGAAACAAAAAUGUCAGGCCGUGGCAUAGGUGGAAAAACGAAGGCAAAGGCAAAGAGCCGAUCAUCAAGGGCUGGACUGCAGUUUCCAGUCGGUAGAAUCCACAGAUUGCUCAGAAAAGGAAAUUAUGCAGAACGUGUUGGCGCUGGUGCUCCAGUUUACCUGUCGGCUGUGCUUGAAUAUUUGGCGGCAGAAGUUCUCGAAUUGGCGGGAAAUGCAGCUCGUGACAACAAGAAAUCCAGAAUUAUUCCGAGACAUCUUCAACUGGCCAUCCGAAAUGACGAAGAGUUGAACAAACUUCUUUCUGGAGUGACCAUCGCACAGGGAGGCGUGUUGCCGAACAUCCAAGCCGUGUUGUUGCCUAAGAAAUCCGCAGCUGCUGCCGCCAAAGGAAAGAAGUCAUCCCAAUCACAAGAAUACUAAAAUGUGAGACGUGAAUUGUGCUGACAUUUUUAGCCAGGACGCUGAACAUUUCACUGGAUAACACGGUACAACCUGAAUGCACGAUGCGUUGUACCAGUAUGGCAGACAUUUGUGUUUCCCGCCAAGUGUGUAAUACCAGGUCAUCCGUUGAGGGGCAAUGUGUUGUAAAAUCAAACAUUUUUAACGCAUCCUGUUCAUCUUAAUUCAUACUUCAUCAUUUUCUGAAUAUUUCUUUUAGAAUUUACCAUUCUGUAUCUGUAACCUUUCUACUGACUUCAUUGAUAAUGGUCUUGUUGCACAGAACAUAUCAUUUCAACAAACCUGUUCUAGGACAUCUUUUACAUUCAUCUCAUUUGUUGAACCAAACAUGCAUGUGAUAUAUAUGACAUAAAUUUUCAUGAACA